CCUUCUCCUGCAACUUGGGACCAGCAAGAACCAUGAAGUGGCUGCUGCUGCUCACCCUGGUGGUGCUCUCUGAGUGCGCCAUCUACAAGGUCCCCCUGGUCAGAAAGAAGACCCUGAGGCAGAACCUGAGAGAGCAUGGCCUGCUCAAGGACUUCCUGAAGAAGUACAACUUCAACCCAGCCAUCAAGUACCUCCCCAAGGGGGCCAGCAACCUGUUGCAUGAGGAGUCCAUGGUGAACUACAUGGAUCUGGAGUACUACGGCACCAUCGGCAUCGGAACCCCCAGUCAGGACUUCACCGUCAUCUUCGACACCGGCUCUUCCAACUUGUGGGUGCCCUCCAUCUACUGCUCCAGUGCUGCCUGCGAGAACCACAACCGCUUCAACCCUGAUGAUUCCUCCACCUUCGAGGCCACCAGUGAGUCAGUCUCCAUCGAAUAUGGCACCGGCAGCAUGACGGGCAUCCUUGGAUACGACACGGUGGAGGUCGGAGGCAUCUCUGACACCAACCAGAUCUUCGGCCUGAGCGAGUCAGAGCCCAGUAGCUUCCUGUACUAUGCUCCUUUUGACGGCAUCCUGGGUCUGGCCUACCCCUCCAUCUCUGCCUCUGGAGCCACACCCGUCUUUGACAACAUAUGGGACCAGAAACUGAUUUCCGAGGACCUCUUCUCCGUCUACCUGAGCCCCGAUGAGGAGAGUGGCAGCGUGGUGAUAUUUGGUGGCAUCGAUUCUUCUUACUACACUGGAAGUCUGAACUGGGUGCCUGUUUCUGUUGAGGGUUACUGGCAGAUCACCGUGGACAGCAUCACCAUGAAUGGAGAGACCAUCGCCUGCAGUGACACCUGCCAAGCCAUUGUUGACACUGGCACCUCUCUGCUGGCCGGCCCAACCACCCCCAUCUCCAACAUCCAGAGCUACAUUGGAGCCAGUGAGAACUCAGAUGGCGAGAUGGUGGUCAGUUGCUCAUCCAUAGAUGAACUGCCCGACAUCAUCUUCACCAUCAAUGAUGUCCAGUACCCUGUGCCAGCCAGUGCCUACAUCCUGGAUACCGAUGGUGUCUGCAUCAGCGGCUUCGAGGGCAUGGACGUCAGCACGUCCUCCGGAGACCUCUGGAUUCUGGGUGACAUCUUCAUCCGCCAGUACUACACCGUCUUCGACAGGGCAAACAACAAGCUGGGCCUGGCUGCCACAUCUUAGGCCCAAGUCUCCCCAGCCACUUCCCAGGAAGACCCAGCCUCUGUCCUGUGCCCACUGUAGAUGUAUAUAAUUUUCCUGAUCAUUCUUCCUAUGGGAUUGUGGAGGUGGAUCCGUGGCCCC